ACCUUUCUUGGUUCUCUCAAGUGAUCGUCACUGAAAGCAGUCAUCGAAUUUUGCAUUUUUACUUUAUGUUGUGGCGGCUACCACUCUAGACUUUUCAUGUUUUGUAUUACGUGGCUCAUCGCAAGCUCGUGUGACAACGAAAGAACAGAGUGACCACAAGGUGGCGCGUGAAAUUCCGCAACUAAAUUUCGACUACGUGAGCGUCGCAAUGGGCGACACGAGCGACACGAGCGACUCGAGCGACACGAGCGACACGAGCGACACAAGCGACACGAGUGACAAGAGUGACAAAAGUGACAAAAGUGCCGCUCAGAAUGGAGAGCAAGAUGAGCGACCACCGGAAAUCGGUUGGCUGCAGCCACGUGCAUUAUCGGCAGAAGAAGUUUCCCGUCUUGCACAGGCUCAAUCUUAUGCAGCGCGACUUACGGAAGAAAAAUCGAGCGAGAAAACAAAUGACGCGGCUCCGGAGCCGAAUGGCACAGUCGAAAAGGAGGUCGAUGAACCACAAGCUGAGCAGGACAUUCCUCCUGCUGAAGAUGGAAGGGAUAAUAAGUCGCAAGAGGCACCGCAGUGAUUCAUAUUGUAUUUUACUUUGUAAUAAUGUUUAUUUUUUUUUAAUAAAUAAGCUUGCGCAACAGUGUACUUAAUGAAUUAA